AUGAGACCGUCUGUAAAAGCCAAUAGGACAUCUUCGUCCAAACGAGCUUGCGCAAUCACCAAGCCUACCCAAACCCCAACACCAAAAGUAGGACAGGAUCCAAUCGCUAGUACGUCCGAAAAGAAUACAAGAACAAGGCUGCCAAUUUCCCAUGGCAGUAUCUUUCGAUGGCGUCCAUCUCAGUCUUUGGGCUUUCAAGUGGCUGCUGUCACCGCCAAGAGUGCGUCUGACUACAAGACGGGUGACACUUCUUCCAUUUCAACCGGUUCCUCGAUUACUGAUUUUUCCAUAUCCACAUAUUCGACACUUCCAUCCGAUUGGACGACAUCGGAAAACUCUCCUUCUACUGCUCACGGCAAUCAUUCUACCCUUUUUGUGAUUUCGAAAAUCGAUCCGUGGGGUCCAAUGGCAAUUUUUGCACCACAACUCAAAGUUGGUAUGCGGAUUGUGGCCAUCAAUCAUCAACCAUGUCCCAAGACACAACAAGGUUUGCAGGCUCUUUUGGAAUCGAGUCAUUCUCCCACCAAUCCAGAGGCACCGCCACAAAGAAUGAAGCACCCAGCUACGUAUGGUGAAGGCAACUCAAAGUCAUCCAAGGAUGAAUCCUCGACGGGAUGGAUUACACUUCAUGCUGUGGAUCUCAAAGAAGAACUCAAGCAGAGACAGUUUUAUUUGAGUCAAAUUGAACGGGGUCUGGAACCUGAUGAAGAAAGAAGUGAACAAUCUUCAGAAGCAAGACCACUAGAAGAAAUUCGAGAAGAUGAUGAAGGCAUCAACAUCAUUCAAGUCGAGAUUGUUACGAGCGAACUGAAACGGCCAAAACAAAAAUCCGAAAAAGGCGAGACCGACAAGGAUGAGCCAGACUCAGAACUCACAAAGCAGCUGAAAGCCUUGCACUUUUUGGAAGAACAAAGGCAAUGUGCACUCUUCCGCGAAGCGCAAGAGAAAAAGAAGGGAAAGCAGGAAAAUAGGAAAGAACGACGAAGACAAAAACAUGACAGAUACAUGGACAAGAACAUUUGGAAUAUGAAGAUUAAAUCGGAACCGGACACAGAAUCGGUCAAUAGUAUCGCAGCAUUGGAAAAUUUCAGCCUUCUUCCGGCAGCGGCAAGCAAGAAGCCAGAACCAAGAAAAGCACGCACUCCAUCCAAGGAGGAAAUGGAGGCGAUGGAAAAGUUGCACGAGGUUCGAGAGCUCAGUGAGAUUCACAAGAAGGUGCAAUCAAUAGAAAAAGAUAAAAAGGAAAACGCAGUGGAAAAGAAAGAGGACCAAGGAAAGAAGGAUCCAGUGGAAGAGAAAGAAGAGAUUGCUUCCGAUUGGAACCCCUUUGCUUCUAUUCAAAAGAUGCUCCUGUCUUCGACUCCUCCACCUCCACCUCCUGCGUCUCCUGCGUCACCUUUGUCACCUCCACCUCCACCUCCACCUCAAGCAAAGUCGAAGCCAACAAUGUCACAGCCUAUGACAUCCAACCGAUCUAUGGCAUCGACGAUAUCUACGAAAUUGAAUAGCCAAGAUCAAGGAGGAUGGUUCAGUGGUUGGGGCAACAACAUCAUUGAGAACGCUCCCACAACGUUGGAACCAAAAGUUUCCAUAAGUCCUCAAAAGUGGUAUUUGCCGGUUAUUGAAAAAGAAACAGCGACCUGGAGCCUCAAUAAGACAGGAAAGGAGACUACACAGAAGUCCAAUACAGCCACCAAAGAGACGUCCAGCAAGAAAGAUCCGGAUGGAGCCCGAGCGGCUGCUUCCGAGGAUGAUAACGUCCCAGCCCCAGUGGAUUGUCCAACCAAGCAACCAAAAGUAAUGCAGCUACAAAAAUUGGGCAAACGAGGCAUGCGGCCUAAAUCUGAUGAUCCUGAUACCCCUGCCAAAGUUCAAUGUCCGACUAACCAACCCAAAGAAAUGCAGCUACAGAAAGUCGGCAAGUGGGAUAACCGAGCUCGGUGGUCACCUCAAUUUGCUUCCUACAAUGAUUCAAUGCGCUCCUCCAAACAGACGACCGGUACGAAAGAGAAGACCAACAGUGCAACUGUUGGGCAGCUCCGACAGCUGGUUGUCCAUCUAGAAAAGACCGAGCAUGCGCAAAACACCAUGCCACUCCAGCACAUGCAGCCAGUGAGCAAGACCGCUAGUCUCAAGCACCGAGCGAUGCCAUUCCCAGAACAAGCUCGAAGAAGAAAACCAGCAGAACAGAACAUGCAGCAGGCACAACAGUCCAACGGAUCCCAGAUGAACCGAUCUAUUCCAUCGCACAUUUCAGACACACCUUCUUCGGAAGCUUCUUCAGUCUCAGCGCUUGCCGAUGCUCAAGCAUACCAAGGAUUGAUUCCCCAAACAUCGUUGCUGAUGAAAGAAUACAAGUCAAAAAGGAAGGAACAAAAGAAAGCAAUUGCUGCUGCUGCUGCCAUCAACACCACGACUGCCUUUACCUUGCCCGUUAGUAGAAGCAGCAAGUCCUCUGACGAGAAGAAGAAGCAAUUGAAGAAGCUACAAGCCACUUGGAAAGCAGCUCGACAACGCAAUGCCAGGGAAGCAAAGGCGGCAGCCAAAGCAACCUCCAAAGCAUCGGCCAGACAAACAACAGGCAAAACAACAGCCAGACAAGAAAACGGGCCUCAAGAUUGGGAUAUUUCUUCUCUAUUUAUGUCCUUCUUUCAUUGUGGUGAAACGUAUGAUGACACUUCUCUUUAUUUAUAA